CAGUCCAGGCAGCUUCUCUUUUCAUGUUAUAUUCGUUUAAAGCUGCGUUGUAUAAAACGGGAUAUUGCGACACCGCUAGAAUCAGUGCUUCCUCCAUCUUGGAUUCUCUGAAGAGCUCACGCCGUGACGUGUCGAUCUUCUAUUGGUCUUGACGUGAUACGAAUUCGCAGGUCAGAGUUCACCAGACUUGAACUUUCAAGCGCGACGAAAUGUGAAACUUCUUCGCAUGAGCUUGCGUUUCCGUUCUCCAGCAUUCGCAUGCAUGUGAAUGGAAGUCAGCGGAACUGAAAAGUGUAGUGUGAGCGCGGCUUGAGUGUGAGUGAGAGUUUGCUUACCGCGGCUUUAAUGUAAACGCGGAUCCGUGCAGCUGAGUGUCGCUCGUGAGCCUCCGCCGCUCAGCGCGCGCUUAAAGGAGACGCAACAAAGCCAAGAUGAGGUCCGAGCCGCCCGGUUCUCGCCUACAGCCCGGUUUACUAUCGCUUUAAGAGCAGACUAACACCGUCUCUGCGUCUUUAAAAGAUGCUUUUUGCAGAGUUCUAACUAAGUUUGUCAGUUAAUCAGAAAUACAGAACAGAAAGACGGAGAGAAACCGGGGCUCGAGGAGGACUCGGUGAAACAUGUUUGUGUGGAGGAUCAGGGCCUUUAACGAGCAAAGUGUUUCAGAAUUUUAUACCGUAUUCAUGAGUUCAUGUCCGAUUGGAUUAAUUAAAAACAAUUAAACCGAGGAUUGUUGUUUGUUUCGGGGGAUGAUGGAAGUGCAGCGUGUGGAUAAAAAAGAGAAGCGGGAGGAAGAAGACGAGGCCGCGCUCACAUCCCCGGACUCGAGUGUGACCCGCACGCCGCGCAGGGCGCUCCGAGGCCGGGCGGCGACUCGAGCGAACUCCGCCGCUCCGCCUGCUUCAUCCCCGGACACGAACGGAACCCCGAGUGCGGCGGGAUCCGGCCGGGUGCUGCGUGACCGCUCCACGAGAUCCGUCCCUGUGUGGAGGAGGAGAGACCUCGGAGUGGAGCAGGACGACGACGAUGAUGAUGAUGAUGAUGAAGAGGAGGAGGAGGAAGCAGAAGCGGAAGCUCGCCGCCGGAGGAAGACAGCGUGUCCGCGGCGCAGGAGGAACGCAGAGGCGGCCAGAGACAGCAAAGCUCCGUGUGGAGAAAGUAAGGACACUGCAGGCACUCGAGCUGGAAGCAGGCGAGCACAGAGCCGCAGCAGAACGCCGGCGUCUCGGGGACUUCGGGGUUCAGCACGGGUUGUGUGUAAGAGCGAACCGGAGACGGAGACCGCCUGCGCGGAAGAAAAUAAAACAGCUGAGAAGAAGACAAGCACUGAGAAGAAGAGUGAAGUAAAGGAGGAUGAGGUGCUGCUGGGUGAGGAAGAUCCUCCCUUCACCGACAACCCGAAAGACAGAACGUACGAGCCUCGGGCCCAGAGUGAGGAUGACGAGGGUGUCAGCAGUGACGAAGACGUGCCCUUUAAGGACGACCUGAAUGACCAGAGCUACGACCCCAAAUCUGGGAGGGAAGGUCAGAAGCCGAGACGCAGAGCUCCUCCACGGCUGAGAGAGAAGAAGGAGAAAGCAGCUGGAGGAGAGAAAGACAAGGAGAAAGAGACGGAGGUGAAGACGGAAGGAGUGGAGAUGGCGGACGUGAAGCAGGAGGUUGGAGAGGGAGCAGAGCCGCCCAGGAAGAGAGGGCGACGAAGAAAAGACGACAAAAGCCCCCGACUUCCCAAGAGAAGGAAGAAGCCGCCGGUGCAGUACGUGCGCUGUGAGAUGGAGGGAUGUGGAACGGUUCUCGCUCAUCCACGCUACCUGCAGCAUCACAUUAAAUAUCAGCACUUAAUGAAGAAGAAGUAUGUGUGUCCUCACCCGUCCUGCGGCCGUCUCUUCCGCCUUCAGAAACAGUUACUGCGUCACGCCAAACACCACACAGAUCAGAGGGACUACAUCUGUGAGUUCUGCGCACGUGCGUUUAAGAGCUCUCACAACCUCGCUGUGCACCGCAUGAUACACACUGGAGAGAAACCACUGCAGUGCGAGAUCUGCGGCUUCACCUGUCGUCAGAAAGCGUCUCUGAACUGGCACAUGAAGAAGCACGACGCAGACGCCUCCUACCAGUUCUCCUGCGCCAUCUGCGGCAAGAAGUUCGAGAAGAAGGACAGCGUAGUGGCUCACAAGGCCAAGAGCCACCCGGAGGUCCUGAUCGCCGAGGCUCUCGCCGCAAACGCCGGCGCUCUGGUCACCACGGCGACGCCGACCACCACUCACGUGACCCCGGUGGGCGUCGGCCCCGUCAUGCUGCUGGAACAGGAGCAGUCGCUGCACACCAUGCAGGUGCCCGUCACUCUCGCGCUGCCCUCUACAGACGAGGCUAAGAGUGAAGCGGAAGUGGGCGGAGCCUCGGCGUCACACCCGACUUCUUCCAAUCAGACGCUGCAUUUUGUCUCCGCCCCCGUGUCCCAGCAACAGCUGUCCGUUCAGGCUUCUCCACAGAUCGUUCACAUGACCUUCACCACUCUUUCGCACCCGUCUCAGCAGCUCCCCCUGCUGUCCGUCACGCAUCAGCUGCCCCCGAGCACUAGCUCCGCCCCUUCCGUCUCACUCCUCCCACAGAUCACUUCUGUGGCUUUCACCGCUGAUCCUGCACCUCCUCCGUCAUCCUCCGCCUCCUCUCCUCCUCCACCUCCUCCUCCUCAGGCUGAGAGGAAAGAGGGCGGGGCACUCUGGGAGGGCGGGACUGGGAAUGUGGGUGGGGUUUGGGAAGCGGCCGGGGCCGGCGAGGCGCAGGUUGUGACGGACAGCUCAGACGGGACGAUCCAACACAGACUGAUGUAGGGAAGGAAGAAUUUCACCUCGGAAUGAAUUUGCAGAGGAAAGACAAGGACACUAGGCACCUCGUGUCGGAAUUACACAACAGAGAUUACGUUUAUCUUCUCAGACAUGCAAAUUAGCCGUUUCUAUAGCAACACACACAACGGACAAGUGGAUACACUGAACGUACAAUAGCUAGCAGUUAGCAAAGGCGUGUUUUAGCAUCUUUGAUGGGUUCUUUUUUUUUUUUUUUUUUUUUUUUUU